AUGGUGAUUAGACCCCCGAUAGAGACAUGGAGUCGAAUGGAGCUGGAGGAAAAUUUUCACAAUGCUUAUCAACAGUUGCAAGCUGCCCAGAAAAAAGUCAACGAACAGGACAAGAAAAUCACCAUGUACGGAAUUUUGUAUUUCUUGGCCUCCAAAGCAAAUAUCCCAUUUGAGUCUGAAUACUCGGCUGAGACGAUCCGUGAUGGAGCGAAAAGCAAAGCAAGACGCAUAUGUGGAGAGGGAAAAGUUCGAAGAAUUAGAGCGCGAAAAUCAAGUUUUGGCUUUGAAGGUACUGGACCACAAUAA